AUGUUCUGUGCAAUCUCGGGCGAGGCACCGAAAGAACCUGUCGUUUCGAUAAAGAGCGGGCAUGUGUAUGAAAAGCGGCUUAUUGAACGCUACAUUGACGAGAAUGGCAAGGAUCCCAUCACCGCCGAGGAACUGCGCAUCGAUGAUCUCGUGCCGCUGAAGACGUCGCCGAAUACCGCAUUCCCACGGUCGCCAAUGCACUCGUCCGUGCCGUCGCUCAUGAUGGCGCUCCAGAAUGAGUACGAUGCCAUGGUAUUUGAGACGCUUGCAUUAAAGAAGCAGUACGAUGCAGUGCGCCAGGACUUGGCACACGCACUGUAUACGAACGAUGCUAGCAUGCGAGUUAUUGCACGUCUCAUCAAGGAGCGCGAUGAAGCGCGCGAUGCGCUUGCAAACGUUCAUACCUCGCUGGGCUUGCCCGCUGCAGAGACGGCAGAUGUAGACAUGCCGACUGCUCCCAGCGCCGCACUCCCAGACGCGAUCGUGGCAAGUAUUGACGAGAAGGCAUCUUCUCUUUCUGGCGAGCGCCGUGCGCGGAUCAAGCGCGGCGCGCCGGAGGGAUACACGACGGCCGACGCCGCGGGCGAUCUGCACGAACAAAGCGCGCUUUCUUCACUCCACGGCGCGAGUGCGCCGGGUGUAACUGCGCUCGACAUCAGUGCGAACGGUGCGCUGCUGCUUACGGGUGGAAAAGACAAGACUCUCUUGGUGCUUGAUCGCGCCUCAGAAAAGGUCCUUUCCAAGCUCACCGGCCACACCAAAGCAGUCACCUGUGCUGCAUUUUCUGGGCGCGCAAACCCCUGCGUAGGCGCUGCUGCGCUCGAUGUGCCCAUGCCCAGCUACGCCGUGAGCGGAAGCAUGGACAAGAAUGUGCGCGUUUGGCGCGCAAAGGACCAAGGGGGGUAUGUCAGUGCACAUAUCCUCAAGGGCUACACUGCCGAGGUGACGGGCGUCGAUAUUCACCCGACAGAUCAGCUCGUGGGCAGUGCGAGCCGGGACGGGUCCUGGGCGAUCCACGCACUUGAUUCGGGAGAGCGUUUGCUGCACAUCACCGCGCCGUCGGCAGACGAAGAGAGCGCGGACGGCUUGGGUGGAUACACGUAUGAAUCGUUUGCAUUUCACCCCGACGGACAGCUUGCAGCGACCGGCACCGCAGACGGUGCAGUGAGGGUCUGGGACGUAAAGCACGGCAAACAGAGCGCCGUAUUCCGCGGAAAUCCUGGCGCGGUGCACGCGCUGCACUUUUCUCCCAACGGCUACCUCUUGGCCGCAGCCUCGCGUGCUUCUGGCGACGUGAAAGUGUGGGAUUUGCGCAAGCUAGACGUGGCACGCACCGUGCAGGUAUACACCGAGGACGGUGCGGAUUCCAUUUCCCAGCUGCGCUACGAUCCCACCGCACAGUUGCUUGCCGUCGCCGGCCGCGACCUGCGCGUCUUUGCAGGAAAAUCGCUUGCACACGCAUGCACCUUGGACCAAAACAGCGCGCCGUUCACCAGCGUGCAAUGGAAUCCGCUCGACGGGUCUCUAGCCGCAAGUUCGUUGGACCGCACGGUGCGCUUUUUUGGCACGCACGAUUUGUAG